AUGACUUUGGAGAAGGAGAAGAUACUCCAGCCUAGAGAGGUUGAGGAUCUGAUUGCUAAUGGACAUGCCAUUGUCGUUUACGGAGACUGUGUUUUAAAGCUUGAUUCAUGGAUGAAAUACCAUCCUGGAGGUGAUAAGGCCAUCCACCAUUUGAUUGGGCGUGAUGCCACGGAUGAAAUGAACUCGUACCAUUGCGAUGAAACAAUUUCCAUUUUCAAACGUUAUAAAAUCGGUAAGUUGGAUUCCCCCUGGAUCAACAUGCUACCUCCCAUCCAAGGCGGUAAAUAUAGGUUUCUUAAUGGUGAGAUUUCAGAGAAAAAACUAUGUGGCCAAACAGAAGUUACUAUUAGAUCCAAGAUUCCUCAAAAUGUGGUUCUCUUACAAGGCAUGGAUGAAUAUUACCCCGUUGAAAAUAAAAACUCUAAUCCAAUCAGAGAUCCAAGAGUUGUAAUCAAUAAUUAUGAUAAUAACUUGGUGAAGAAUGACUUGAAUGAGCUCCCCCCUCUGGAUUACAAAACCCAGCGUCUCUUGUCUGUGAAAUAUAACGAGAUGCACCAAAAAAUCAUUAAUGAUGGUUUGUAUGAUUGUCCAUACAUUGAAUAUUUCAAGCAAUUUUGUAUUAAUUUAACUCUAGGGCUGUAUUCUUUGAUAUUCUUCAAAACAGGCCACUACUUCAUAAGUGCAGCUCUUCUAGGGUUUUUCUGGCAACAACUUGUCUUUAUUGCUCAUGAUGCAGGCCAUAUAGGUAUAACCCACAAUUUCCAAAUUGAUAACAUCAUCGGCACAAUCAUUGCAGACUGGAUAGGUGGGCUAUCCCUAGGUUGGUGGAAACGUAGUCACAACGUUCACCAUCUAAUUACUAACGAUCCGAUCCAUGAUCCAGAUAUUCAACAUCUACCUUUCUUUUGUGUUAGUUCAAGGUUGUUUGGUAAUAUUUUCUCAACAUAUUACGAAAAGUACCUUUGGUUUGAUAAAUUUGCCCAAUUCUUAUUACCUUACCAGCAUUACCUAUAUUACCCAAUCCUAUGUUUUGGUAGGUUUAACCUCUAUCGUUUGUCUUGGGAGUAUGUUUUAAAAGGCCAGGGCCCGAGGCAUGGCAAGGCGGCAUGGUUCCGGUAUUUUGAACUCAUGGGGCUUUCCUUCUUUAUAUAUUGGUUUUUCUAUCUAAUGGUGGGGAGCUUACCCACCAAAUGGGAUAAAUUCCAGUAUAUCAUGGUUUCACAUAUUGCCACGAUGAUUGUCCACGUGCAAAUCACCUUGAGCCAUUUUGCAAUGUCGACUUCGGACUUAGGACAAAGUGAAAGUUUUGUUUCAAGACAGUUGCGUACAACAAUGGAUGUCUCCUGUCCUGAAUGGUUAGAUUUCUUCCAUGGCGGUUUGCACUACCAAGCAAUACAUCAUUUAUUUCCAAGGUUACCUCGUCAUAAUUUCCGCAAAGCUCAGCACUACGUUUUAGAGUUUUGUAAGGAAACAGGGCUCAAGUAUUCAAUUUACGGUUUUACUGAUGGAAAUGGUAUUGUCAUCAACAAAUUGCAUGAUAUCGCUAAGCAAGUUAUCAUUAUGAAGGAAGCCUUGGUUGCUGAGAGUAAAAAUCCACACUUGGAUUGA